AUGCUAAUAAAAACUCAACCGAUAGCUCCUCUAGAAACCAUUUAUGAGGAGUCAGGUAGUUUUAUUGCAUCUACUGCUGAUAUUGAACGUCAACUGAAUAAUCAUCUACAUAUAAAUGAGACUUUUAAUGGUCUCAUUAGUGCUCGUUCAAUACCAACAGUUGAUAUUCAACGACAACGAAUACAUGAAAAUCAAAAAAAACCUCCUAUAGAAGUUCGAUUUCGAGAUGGAUCGAAACGUUUUAUACCUCCAUCAUCAAAAAAAUCAACAGCGAUGAUAAUGAAUAGAAGAAAAAUAUUGAAUUCUUCUCAUGAUAAUUUAUCAUCAAAUAAAAAACAUCAUAUUAAUUCUCAACAAAUAUUUCAUACAAAACAUCAAACAAGAGCUCCAUUAGUUAUAACAAUAAUAACAGCUGAGGAUUUGCAUCAAGCUGGAAUGACACCAACAAUAUCUUCAUCAUCAGACGACUCCGAACGAUCAACAGUAGCUCACUCAUUAUCGAAAUCGUCAAUUGAUACUGUACUUACAGUGCAAGAUAUUCGUCAAGGCUCCAUGGAACGAUUGCCAACUGCAUCCAUAAAAUCAUCACUACAAUCAGUUGACAAUGGUUCAGCAAUAAGUCUUAAUACUCCUGCUAGUUUUAUACAACAUUCUCAAAAGCAACCUACUGUUAAUAAUAAUCGUCUAAGUUCAACAUCAUCACAAACAUCUUUCUGUUCGACUAAUGGAUCGUAUACUGUAUCUACUCAAUUAUCAACAAAUUCGAGUCCAAAAACAGUUGCGUCAUCAGUUCAAGUCUCAUUAAAUAGUGAUGAAAAUAAAAAAAAAUUAUCAAUGAAUUCGAAUAUUUCAAAUAUUAUUUCUUCUACUAAACAAUUUAAUAAUGAAACAGUGAAUCAUACAAAUCAACCACAUGCAACAUUAUUACCGGGAGGUGGAAGUCGUAGUGCAUUUCGUCCUUUUCAUAAAUUGGUAGGUUAUAGCCAACAAUCACUUCCUAACAUGUCACAAGCACCAUUUAUUGUCAAUGAAAGAUCUAAUCAUUCUCCACAAUCACAACAAGAAACAGUUUCACAUUUUAAGUUUGAUUAUCAAAAAAAUCUCUCAAUAUUAUCAUCAUCAAAUUCAACAAAAGUAUCAUCUCAAUUACCUUCAACAAAUCUUAAUUCACUUUUUACAAAACGUUCUUAUGAUUCAACAAUAUUAAAACAAACUGUAUCAGAUACAACAAAAAAUGGAUCAAUAGAUAUUAAUUCUUUAUUACAACAAAUAAAUCUUUCAAACUGUCAAAAGUCAUCACAUCUAUCAUCAAUAUCAACUGUAAAAAAACCAGAUAAUGUUUUCACAAUACAAAAUUUAUUCAAUAUUUCAAAUAAUUCGAAAGAUACUCUUUCAGUACCAGUCAAUUCAAAUAUGGAAUGGUUUAAUGUCACAUCAAAUUCGAUUAAAGAAAUACCAUGUCUUUCAACAAAAUAUUCUCGCAUUCCAUUACGUGUAACAUUACCUGUUGUAACUCCAACACAUAAUCAAAAAUUAGUAAUGAAACAUGAUAGAGCAUUAGAAAAUCGUCUUUUAAAUGCUGGUUUAUCACCUGAAACAGUUGCACUUUAUGAAAGAAUACUUAAUAUUGCUGAAAAUCCUCCAUUAUUGAAAUUAUCACCACGAACUAUUAUCAAUCAAUAUCCAACAAAACACUUCAUAUAG